AACUUCCCCAGCUCCCCAAGUCAACCACUCCCCCUCCUCUUCAAAACUCCCCACCCCAACAGCCACCGCUCCACACCCUGCUCCCCCGGGUUCCUCCUCGCUAGCUCACCACCGCGGCCUCUCCAGCGUGUUCAUGCGCUGAUCCACACGAACCGCGCGCGCGCGAGCCAACUCAAUCAGCAAUCCCGGCCAAGCGGCCGCCGUCCAAGCUCUAAGCCGGGACACCAUGCAUUCCCAGAACCACUGGGGCGGGUCUUUCGAGAUCGCGGACGGGGCGGAGGACGACCACAGCCGGAACAUGGACAUCGACCGCGGCGCGCUGCAGCACCAGCAGCACCACCAGCUGGACGAGACGCAGCAGAGCUGGCUUCUCGGCCCGCCGGAGGCCAAGAAGAAGGACAAGUACGUGGACCUGGGCUGCGUCGUCGUCAAGCGCAAGCUGCUGUGGUGGAUCCUCUGGGCCGUCCUCGGCGCCUUCGUCCUCAUCGGCCUCCCCAUCAUCAUCGCCAAGUCCAUCCCCAAGAAGAAGCCCCACGCCCCGCCCCCCGACAAGUACACCGACGCGCUCCACAAGGCUCUCCUCUUCUUCAACGCCCAGAAAUCCGGCAAGCUCCCGAAGAACAACGGCAUCCCGUGGCGCGGGAACUCGGGCCUGAAGGACGGGUCCGACCUGACGGACGUCAAGGGCGGGCUCGUCGGCGGCUACUACGACGCCGGCGACAACAUCAAGUUCCACUUCCCGAUGGCCUUCUCCAUGACGCUUCUGAGCUGGUCCGUGGUGGAGUACAGCGCGAGGUACAAGGCCAUCGGCGAGUACGACCAUGUGAGGGAGCUCAUCAAGUGGGGCACCGACUAUCUGCUUCUCACCUUCAACUCCUCUGCCUCCACCAUCACCAAAGUCUACAGUCAGGUGGGCACAGCGAAGAUCAACGGCACGACGCCGGACGACCACUACUGCUGGAACCGCCCGGAGGACAUGGCGUACCCUCGCCCGGUCCAGACAACCACCUCAGGGCCUGACCUGGCCGGCGAGAUGGCCGCGGCGCUGGCCGCAGCCUCCAUCGUGUUCCGCGACAGGCCGGCCUACUCCAAGAAACUCGUCCGGGGCGCGGCCACGGUGUACAAGUUCGCCCGGGACUCCGGCAAGCGGACCCCGUACUCCCGCGCCAACCCCAACAUCGAGUACUACUACAACUCCACCAGCUACUGGGACGAGUACAUGUGGAGCGCCUCCUGGAUGUACUACGCCACGGGGAACAACAGCUACAUCAGCUUCGCCACGGACCCGAGGCUCCCCAAGAACGCCAAGGCAUUCUUCAGCAUCCUCGACUUCUCCGUCUUCAGCUGGGACAACAAGCUCCCGGGCGCCACGCUGCUCCUGUCCAGGCUCCGGAUGUUCCUCAACCCGGGAUACCCGUACGAGGAGUCGCUCAUGGGGUACCACAACGUCACCAGCAUGAACAUGUGCAUGUACUUCCCAAAGUUCGCCGCGUUCAACUUCACCAAGGGCGGGCUGGCCCAGUUCAACCAUGGGAGGGGCCAGGCGCUGCAGUAUGCCGUGGCCAACUCUUUCCUUGCCGCGCUGUAUGCUGAUUACAUGGAGGCUGUCAAUGUGCCUGGCUGGUAUUGCGGGCCCAACUUCAUGACCGUCGAAGACCUCCGCAAUUUCGCCAAGUCUCAGCUGAACUACAUCCUGGGGGAUAACCCGAAGAAGAUGAGCUACGUGGUGGGGUACGGGAAGAAGUACCCGAGGCGGCUGCACCACAGGGGGGCGUCGACGCCCAAGAACGGGGUCAAGUACUCGUGCACGGGGGGGAACAAGUGGCGCGACGCAAAGGGGAGCGACCCGAACGUGCUGACGGGGGCCAUGGUGGGCGGGCCGGACAAGAACGACCAGUUCAAGGACGCAAGGAUCAGCUACGCGCAGAACGAGCCCACGCUGGUGGGCAACGCUGGGCUCGUGGCCGCCCUGGUGGCAAUCACCGACAGCGGCCGCGGCACGGGGGUCGGCGCCGUCGACAAGAACACCAUGUUCUCCGCCGUGCCGCCCAUGUUCCCCGCCGCCCCGCCGCCGCCGUCCGCCUGGAAGCCGUGAGUGAGAAGGGGUCUCUGAUAUGCAUGAUGAUCUGAUCUGAUCGACCGGCCGGCCGGGUAUCCUGUUGAGUAGAUCAAAGGGGGGUUCGGUUGGUAGUGCAAUUUUUCUGGUGACCGUGUAAAAUUCUUCUUUUUUUUGUAUUAUACACACACGUUAACCGUGGCACGCGAUACGGGGGAGGCAUGCGUCACACGCAUGGCCGGCCUGUACUGUAGAUGUUUCUUUGCACAAUUAAUGGCAUACGUGUUCACAAAGA